UUUUGAGUGUUGCAAAUUCAUGAUGAUGUUUGCAAUUCCAUUGUUAUGUCUUGUGUAUUCCCUUUCCUUCACACAUUGUCUUCCACAAGCAUCAAACCAUCAUUUGGUUGAUCGCAUACCACCGGAAGUGGUACCACAACCCUACAUUGUCAUGGAUAAACCUAUUCAAAGUGCCAAUGCAAAUGGACAAACUAAUUCAACUACCCUAGGAUCAACAAAUGCACCGGUUAAGAAAAAUAAACCUUUAUUGAAAGCCCCAGGACCAGGGCAUGCACCAGCCAAGAAAACUAGGGCUUUAGUGCAAGCUGUAGGAUCAGCAAAUGCACUGGUUAGGAAAAAUAAACCUUUAGUAAGACCACCACAACAUCCUCCUGUUAAGCUCUCUGCACCUAAGGUCCACCCUGCAGCACCAACUCAUGCUCCAGUUAAACCAACUGCACCUCAUGCCCACCCUGCCGUCCCAACUCAUGCACCUGCUAAACCAACUGAAUCUGAUGUCCACCCUGCAGCACCAACUCAUGCUCCGGUUAAACCAGCUGCACCUCAUGCCCACCCUGCAGCACCAACUCAUGCUCCGGUUAAACCAGCUACACCUCAUGCCCACCCUGGCGUCCCAACUCAUGCACCUGCUAAACCAACUGAAUCUGAUGUCCACCCUGCAGCACCAACUCAUGCUCCGGUUAAACCAGGUACACCUCAUGCCCACCCUGGCGUCCCAACUCAUGCACCUGCUAAGCCAACUGAAUCUGAUGUCCACCCUGCUGCACCAACAGCUGCUCCGGCUAAGCCAACAGGACCUCAUGUUCACCCUGCAGUACCAACUCAUGCACCUGCUAAGCCAACUGAAUCUGAUGUCCACCCUGCUGCACCAACAGCUGCUCCGGCUAAGCCAACAGGACCUCAUGUUCACCCUGCAGUCCCAACUCAUGCACCUGCUAAGCCAACUGAAUCUGAUGUCCACCGAAAUCAUACAACACAGAAACCACACGGAGAACAUGGUUAUGUUAUAAUUCCAGAAAAGGAUCAGCAACACCAUCCAGCAGGACAUAUGGAAGGACCUCAAGGAAAAGGAAAGGGUCAGCAACAGCAUCCAGCAGGACCAAAAGGAGGACCUAAAGGAAAAGGAAAGGGUAAGAAACAGCAUCCAAAGGGAGGUCCAAAGGGAGGACCUAAAGGAAAAGGUCAUCCUGAUCAUUCAAAAGAGGUGCAUCCAGAGAAGGUUGAUCAUCGUUCAAUCUGGAAAAAAAUGUGUGAUGGCUUCUUCGAACUUUUUGCUGAAGAAGAAUUCCAUCCAGUAAAAAAUAAGGGUUAUUUGUACAACUUCUGGUAUCUAUUCCGACAAAGAUUCUUGAAUAUUAAAAAUAUAAAGCUAUUGGCCUUUGGAAAAUAA